GGUUGAAAUUCCCGCCUACAUAUUUGGCAUGUUUGCCGUGGAGAAAAUUGGACGCAGACCUAUGCUAAGCAGCGGUCUUUUGUUAAGCGGUUUAAGUUGCAUGACAGCAGGUCUUGUUCCUACAGAUGUGGCCUACAUCAAAACAAUUUUUUCGCUGAUUGCCAAGUUGUUCGCUGCUUGCGUAACCGCCACUCUGUUCUCGUACACUUCAGAACUUUUCCCAACGUCGUCCAGAAGCGCAAUGGUUGGAUUGUGUUCCACCAGCGGCCGAAUCGGAGGGAUUAUUGCUCCAAUAAUUUCGGAUUGGGGGAAAAAUAAUGGACAAACCAACAUACCAUUUUUCAUUUUUGCCACCAUCAACAUAUUAAUUGGUUUCUUGAGUCUUCUACUUCCGGAGACUAAAGACACAGCUUUCCCGGCUACAAUAAAAGAAGCAAUUGAAAUGGAAAAGAAUUCGAUUGUCCUUCAGUUCUGGAAGAAAACUGAACGUAGACAGCACACACUAAAGGACAACGCUGAUGACGUAUACUGAAAAACGCAAAUGUUUCUAGAUUCAUUAUUCGUUUUAUUUAAUUAUUUCAGUUCCGUAUUUUCAUUCGUUUUUGCCCAUUUGAAAAAUACCCACAUAACAAUUUGAAUUAUUGUAAAUCGCGAAAUCUUGCCUCGACUUUUAAAUCCUUAAAUAUGCUCUGUCUAGCUUGUGUGUUUACACAAACGCACUUGUAUAGCCACCACAUAACUGGAUGUGGAUGUAGACGAAAACAAGUAAAAUAAAAUAUCUCCUGUCAAGAAAACAAAUAUACGUGCAGUAGACUAUAGGCUACAACUGCAA